AUGAGGACUGCCCUGGUCUUUGCCUGCCUGGUGGGUAUGGCGUGUGCCUUCUCGGUCAAGAACUGGCUGUGGCGAGCCAAGUCGGAUGACUCGGACGAAAACGCGGUGUUCAAGAACAGGCACCGGUAUUACCUGUACAGAUAUGUCUACGUGCAUCCCCUGCAGCAACGGUACCAGGGCACUGACUCAUCAGAAGAAGAGGGGGACGGCUCGGAGGAGGAGGAGGAAGGGGGGGAGCCAUCCCAUGCUGGCAUGGAGGCAGCUGGCCACCCUGCCGGAGCAGGCCCUGGGGACAGCCAGGGCAGGCUGGGAGGAGACAUCAUUUCUCCCCAGCAGGGCAAGAGCUGCCAAGGACCCCUGAAGGGGGGCAGGAGCAGCACUGCCGGCAAGGGGGGUGACUCUGAAAAUGAAGACAGCGAUGAGAAUGAGGAGGAGGAGGAGGAGGAAGAGGUCGCCGAGAAUGAGAAUGGCAUCAAUGGCACAAGCACCAACACCACUGAGAAGGCAGAUGGACCUCACGGCAAUGGCACCGCGGUGGCUGAGGAGAGCACUGGCACAGCUGAGGAGGAGGAGGAGGAAGAGGAGGAGGAAGAAGAGGAAGAGGAGGAGGAGGAGGAGGAAACCGAAGUGACCACCAUCACCAGCACCACUGGUGAAGACGGGCUGUCCCAGGCAACAACCAUGGGAGAUGGGGGACCCACAGAUGCCACCACAGUUGGGGAGCAGUGGGAGUAUGAGGUGACGGCUGCAGACCACAGACGGGGGGAGGAGGGCACCACCGAUGGCAGCUACAGGGAUCAGGAUGAGUACACCCGUGGGGACAGCUACCGGGCCUACGAGGAUGAAUAUGGCUACUACAAGGGGCAUGGCUAUGAUGUGUACGGCCAGGAUUAUUACUACAGCCAGUGA